AUUACAGACGCCCUCAACUAAAAAAUAUCAACAAAAAAGGUCGAGUUCGAUUUUUCCAAAAGCAAAGCGCGACGAACGGUAUCUGCAACGAAGUUAAUUUAUUCAGAAGAAAUAUGACAACAGCAGCAAGACCAACCUUUGACACUGCACGAGGUGGGAGGAAUAAAGGAGAAGGGGACCUAAGUGCACUAUCUAAACAGUACUCUAGCAGGGAUUUACCAGCACAUACAAAAUUAAAAUACAGACAACCAGGGCAAGACAGUCAUGAAGAUGUCCGCAACCGUGACUUCAGAAGAGAGUUGGAGGAGCGAGAAAGAGCAUCUGCACGUGAAAAACGUGGUGAUAAAGGCCGAGACCAGUCAUCCAGCACAAAGCGCCCUCGCUUGGAACAGAUCCCUGCAGCAAAUCUUGAUGCUGAUGAUCCAGUAGAUGACUCUGACAGUGAUAACUCUGGUAGUGGUGAUAGUGACGAUGAUGAUGAUACUGCAGAAUUGUUAGCUGAAUUGAACAAGAUCAAGCAGGAAAGAGCUAAAGAACAAAUGCAAAAGGAACUUGAGAGGAAAAUAGAAGAGGAUAGAAUAAGAACUGAAAAUAUAAUCAGUGGGAAUCCACUUAUAAACUCUCAAAAAGUCAGUGAUUUUAAAGUGAAAAGAAGGUGGGAUGAUGAUGUGGUUUUCAAGAAUUGUGCUAGGGGAGAAGAUGACAAAAUGGAAAAGAAAUUUAUCAAUGAUACAAUCCGAUCGGAAUUUCAUCAAAAAUUUUUAACAAAAUACAUUAAGUAAUAAUGACAUAUGUGACUAUAUUGACGAAUCACAUAUUGUACAUUAACUCAUCACUUACAUCUACGGACACAUUUGUGUUGCAAUAAUGGUGGGUUUCUAGAAAUAUGUAUAUAGGUUUCCUGUAAACUAAAUUAUUAUUUUGCUGGGUUUUUUUUAAUAUUCCGGAGAUAUUGAGCACAACCUACAUGCUUCCCAAUAAGGAUGUUCAAUCUACAAUGAUACUGUUCCAGGCUGUCAAUCAACUAACAAAUCAGAGCACAGCAAGAAUACAUGCUUGUUCCACAAAACACAUAUGUUGUUUCUCAAAGGCACAUGUUUAUGUACAUUUUAUGCUGUCAUUUUGUGGAAAUUAGCCAGAGUAAAGUUGUGGCCUUAGGGGAACUACAUUAUGUUCAACUGCUUCAAUUCUACUGAUUCAUCAACUGAAUAUGAGUGCCUCAGUUGGCAUAUAAAUGCGGCAACAGUCAAUCUAUCUGAGAUUGGCAAAAUAUCAGCAGGCAUAUAUUAAAGGUGGAACAUAGCAGUGACGUAUCUUGUACAGUAGUCUUGAAAUGGGUGUGCUGAUUGAGGGACAUGAAGGUUAUGUGAGGAUUGAAGAUUAGGUUAUGGGGAGCUGGGGGAACAAUAUUUUUUUU